AAUUAUGCUAACAGGUUCAAUGUUAAGCUGGUGGCCUCCACAUAACUCUUAAGGAUGGGAGAUGAAAAAAUGAUCUCAAACCCUCAUCAUCGCCGUUAUGGAAGUCAAACAAUUUCAGUUCCAUUCCUUUGGGAACAUAAACCAGGCAUGCCAAGGAGACAUUGGAUUGCCAAGCCAAUCCCUUUCGUUUCAGCCAAAUUUUCUGAAUCAAAGCAGGUUUCGUUGAGUGAAAAAGCCAUUACGCCGCUCAAACUUGUUAUCUCAGUUCCUUUCCAGUGGGAGGAGAAGCCUGGGAAGCCACUUGUGAGGGAAGAGAACCCUUGCUCUACCAUUGCUCCAGUGGCAUUCUCCUCCUGGAAUGACUCCAUUGAUGGGACGGAAAAGGUCUUCAAUGCCUUUUCUUUAGACUCUUUCAUCUCAAAUUGGAACCAAUCAUCUUUUAAUGGAGGUUUGGAGGAAGAUGAUUCCAACCAAAAUGAUAGUUGGCAUUCCGUUUUUGGAAAAGAUACUAAGAGUGAUUCAAGUAGCUCAGCAAUACAAAAUGAAGUAGAAGUGAAAAGCUGCACCAGACACCGCAGUCAUCUGCUGAAGAGAACGCUGACACUUGGGGAGCUCAUUCUGCUGAGCCGCAAGCUGAACUACCCAAAAAAUGCUGUCUCCAUCAGAAAGCAUAGAUUCUUCUUAAUGGUGAAGCCUUCUUUGCAUGAAUUUUCCCUUCCACUCUAUUAA